GACUUUCUUUGCGUUAAGAGUAUAAACAAUAAGAAUUAUGCGAAGAAAGCCUGAGAACUGUCGGAACAAAGCAUAAGUAGAGAAAGAUACAGUAAGCUGCAAAGUGAACUCKGAAGAAAACUGUGGGGAAAAGCGUUUGAGGAGCAGACAACAACGGGCAACCGCGCGACGGCGUUAGUUCUGAAAAGAAAGCCACGCGCUGCGGUUUAAAAUUUUAACUCAUCAGCUAUGAACUUUAAUGUGCUUGCAUUGCUGGUGAUGCUCUACACAACACUGCUGACGAAUGUGGUGAAUGGCCAAUUCUGGAGGUUAAACAGUCCAAGUGACCGCGAUAAUUUUAUUUUGGAAACCAAAUCGGUUAUGGCCUCCGGCAUAUGCUACAAGGAAGUGCUUGGCGAAGCUAGCGAGCCCACCUUGAAGCUGCAAACGAUCUCCUAUUGCUGYCCUGGCUAUCGGCGCGACUUGCAGUCCUCGGCAAUGCAUUGCGAGCCCAUCUGUUCGGAGGAUUGYACGAACGGCAUUUGCACGGCGCCGGAUGUUUGCGAGUGUUAUCCGGGCUACACACGCGCCGGCGGUCGCUGUGAGGAACUGUGAAGUGAGAUGACAGAUAUUUUUAAGUAUUAAACUUAGAAUAGAGACAGACACUAGAAGCCGCAAGAAUAUUGAGAUUUUAUUAUGUAAAGGCACGAAUUACAUACAAUUGCAUUAUAGAAAGACUUCUCGAGUCGAAUGUUGUAUACUAUUUGAUCUUUUAAGGGUUGCAUAGUGUUAAAGUAAAAGCAAAUCAUAAUUUCAAUAAAGUUCUGUAAAAAUUUAAUACAAUUUUAUACAAAUUAAAUACUUUUAAAGCAAUAAAAUGUUGCUAAUAGCUGUAACACUGUA